AUGAAUUAUCAACUUUAUCGUAAUACAACAUUAGGUAUUGAAUUGCAGAAUACUCUUAACAAUUUUGUUGAGGACGGAAGUAUAACACCACAAUUAGCUCAAAGAGUUUUAUGUGUCUUUGACAAAUGUUUUAAUGAAGCUCUUCAUAAUAGAACACAUAAUAGAACAACAUUCUUGGCUGACAAGUUAAGAACAUAUCGCUUUUGUGACAAUGUAUGGACAUUUGUUAUGGAAAAUGUUGAAUUUCGUAAUCCAACCCACCCAUUAGAAGAUGUCAUUGGUCGUGUAAAAAUUGUUGCUUGUGAUGCUAAAAAGUCAUAA